UGAAUUUUAGGUAGUUUUUCGGUGGCGUGUAGGUCGACAUGCACAAUCUAAUUAGAAGGAAAUUAUUUGAUAUCACUGGUCGUGACAGCCAAAGAAAAACAAACUUCAAGUAGUGUAUGUGUGAAAUUCGUGGAAAUGAUUUACAUAGAAUAUAUUUUAUCUUGACAUAGAGUAGUCAGUCUUCUAUACGAUCAAAUAUAAGCUUCAUUCAAUAAGCCAUAAUAUUGUUCUAAUAUAAAUAUUGUUGACACAAUUGGUAUCGUUUGGAUGGCUAGUGAUUGCUGAAUUCUUCCAACUUACACAGGUCCUCUUUCAACCAUAUAUGAUGUUUAUGAGAUGAUGCGGUAUUCAGAAAUACCACGUGAUCUAUCUUCGGACAGUUUACGUCUAAAGGAGCAUUUAAAGGUGUACCCGACUCUUAUUCACCUGAAAGGUGCUUUGCUCCAGAGACUCCCUCAUCCGACGCAAAAGAUUCAGUAGCUGCAUGAUCGGCCUGAGGCUCAGGAGCAGAUGGUAUAAUUAGAAGUCCUGGAAACUCCUGUUCAUCCAUGUCCGACGUUCGAAGUUGAUCGGCGUGAGCCAUCUUAACUGUAUUGUUAACGUUCACCAAGUAUGUGUUGUGGCCCAGGAUGUGUAGAAUUCUGACAGGAACUGCUGGAGAAGUCGGUUUCCACUUCAAGUAUUCUGAAGAAAGUCUUUACUACCAAAACGUACGAGAUGAAUCUCCCCAAAGCGAUAUAUCAACUCACAGUGGUCCAGGACUUCCACUCAUCAGUGCGGUGGAAACCGGUCGUGCCAUUAAAGACCAACAGUGUCAAUGCCACAAGAAGCAUUCCAUAGUUUCUGUAGGUCCAAUUGAGUCAAUAAUCGAUCGCAGUCGAACAACAACUCACAAGCGGUUUUCAACACCUAAUAAGUCACAAAGUCUCCCACCAAACGCAACCAUUGCAAACAUUGAUUCAAUUAUUAUCAGUUGCUUACGAGUAGCACCCGAGGAGUUAGCCAAUCAAUUAACGCUGUUAGAUUUUCCUGUAUUUUCUGCCAUUCAACCGGAUGAGCUAACUAGUUGCUGUUGGAACAAGAGAAACAAAACAGAACUCUCUCCAAACGUAGUGGCGUUUACCAAACGAUUCAAUCAUACUAUAUUUUGGACUGUACAGGAGGUACUAAAUGGAAUAACUCCUAAAGAGCGAGCAGAAAUUAUAACGCAUUUCAUUAAGGUGGCAAAGCAUUUACACGAAUUAAACAAUCUCCAUUCGCUAUUUGCAAUUACAUCUGCGUUAAAAAGUGCCAGUGUAUAUCGAUUAGAAAAAAGUUGGUUUCACGUGUCCAAAAGAGAUAAACAACUGUUUGAAAAGUUAGCUGUCAUUUUCCACGAUGAUAACAACUGGGCAUUAUUGAGAGAAUAUCUGGAGAGCCUUAAGCUUCCAUGUAUUCCCUAUCUAGGUUUGUUUUUAACAGAUUUAGUAUAUAUAGACUUAGCUCAUCCUCACAAAGGUGGUUUGGAGCCUGAACAACGACGAAUCAAAAUGAACAAUAUUUUACGAGUGAUUUCAAAUUACCAAGGAUCAGAUUACUCUCACAUUCAAUCAGUAGCGAAGACAUUCAAUUAUCUCAAUUCCGUCCGAUAUAUCGAGGAACUUCAGAACAUAUUUGAAGAUGACCAAUACAAAAAAUCUCUUAAGUUGGAACCAUUGCCUUCGACACCAUCAUCAUCGGCCGAAGGGAACAUUAAAACUGGAAGCAUCAAACAAACAUCAUCCGGUGCCAUUGCUGACAAUGUACAGACGAAUACCUCUACCCUUGCAUUUCUGAAUUUGUCGCCCGCUAAGUCAAAUUCGAUGCGUUUCCCUAGUUCCUCACUCCAAACGUCAUCGAAUAAGUUUAUCGGACAUAGGAAGUGUCGUAGUUUAGGGACAAAAUUUCGAAGUACAAGUUUACCGCGAAAUUUCCAUGAACAUUGUCAUUGUACAACUCUCAUAUCCAGUGGGUGGUCAUCUACACGUUGCAAACUUUGUAUCUUCAACAAAAUAUCAUGUUCAGCAGUGCCUAACAGCACCACCAUAAUUCAUAGAGCUGAAUCCUUCGUUAAAUCUCGGCACUUAUUAGAUGAUUCGGUUUUAGAGGACAAAAUCUCAGCAGAUACUACUUCUACUGGUAGUUCAGAUGGUGUAAUCGGAUGCGAAACGGAUGCGGAGGUUCAAACCGAUAUUCUAGGAUUUCAAGGAUGUUUAAGACGUAAAACUUUGAUGAAACAUAGACGCAAAUCCACUGUGUCUUCCUGGCAGCGUUACUGGGUGCAAAUAUGGGCAAAUUCUUUGGUUUACUUUUCCCCAAAGUCAUUCAAAGGCACCGAACGCAGCGACUAUAAACGCGAGCCAUCUAAAAUAUGUACCCUAGAAGGUUGGCAUGUCGAAGUAAAAGAUGCGACACAGCGUGAUACAUUUCAGCUCGUUAAUCAGCAACAGGGACAUACUUACAAAUUUCGCACUGGUUCUGCGGAACUCGCUAACCACUGGUUGAAUGCUUUGAACACUGUGAUUUCGCAGAUUACUCCCGAGAUUGCCAAUAAACCAGCUGUAAAUCUCAUAUCCUUUGAGUGAUGCCAUGUGAUGUAAAUGAUUUAUUUCUGCUGAAUGUGAACUACAAAUAUGGCUAUAAUUAACAAAGGCUCUCUAAAUCGCGGCUGAAAAAUAUUAUAGACAAGCUAUACAUUUUGAAACAAAA